CCAAUUACCGUCGGAGUGGAAUGUCUAUAAAUUAAGCCAAACUAUUUAAUUGUAGGUGGAGGAAGUUAAGGAUAAAUGAGGGAAUUAAGUUAAAUGGACAUAUCGAAUGUGUCAGCUUAGUUGGCUUUUCUCCUAAUUGUAAAUUAUUAGCCUCUUGCAGUAAGAUCAUUGCAUUUUUAUAUGGGAUGUAAGAACAGGAAAAAUAAAAUCUAUAUUUUUAGUAGAGAGGGAUGUAAUAUCAAUAAGCUUCUCCCCUAAUAAUAAGACAUUAGCUUUAAGCAAUGGAAAUUUUGUUAAUUUAUGGAAUCUUAACUGGGAAAUAAAUAUCAAAAAUAAUUGGUCAUAUCAACCUUACCUAUUCUCAUCAAAAUUUUCAAAAGGGAGAAAAUUAAAGAUGUAUCAUAAAAUUUAAAUCAAUUGCAUGUCGAAUAGGAAAUAUUAUCAGAAGAAAGGCUCCAAGAUGGAAAGAGUAGCUUUAAGAGAAUAACAGAUGUUCUCAAAACAAUUAAUAAUCAUGAAUUUAAUCAACAGAAUUACUCUUUAUAUAAAUAUCAAUAAAUUAAAUAGGAUCUGAUCACAAAAAUAUGCUAAAAAAAUAAUCCUUGA